UAGAUCUGAGAUAGAGAUUGGAUCUGAAAACCCUUCAGAAGGAUAAUGCAGGAUCUCUUAUCCAACCUCCUAUUGAAUAGAAUAUUCCAUAAAAACAGAACGAGUAAAAGAACCCCAGAAUAUCGCAUUUUUCUCCACGCGUAGUUUGACAUCCCUGCCCCGAAUCGGUCAGUUGCGCACAUUCCGUAGCGGCUGGACCGUCGGCUGGAUCACUCGACUCGUUCGUUCGUGCGUUCGCUCCGGCAAGCGCAUCCAAGCACGCAACCGCCCGACGAACGGCACGCAUCCCGCAGUCGUUAAUCAUCGAUCGGACGGUACGGACUCGGAGCUCGAACCAGGAGGGGACAAAAAAAACCGCCCGCACCAUCGGACCCUUUGUGUGUGUGUGUGUGUGAGUGUAUGAGGGAAGAACCAUUUUUUGUUGGUCGGAAAAGCAGCAAUUACAGCAAGUGACAAAAAGCAACGCCUAAAACGGGCAAUCGGCAGUGCAUCGAAUAAUUAAGCGCAACGUGUGCAGAGCCAGAGCGCAUGGAUGUUGGAGGCUUCAAUGGAUAGUUGGUCGCAAAGCGCGGGCCCAUUUUAUGCACAUUAAGGCGACAAUAGAGCGGAAAAAAGAAGAGAGUGAGGGAGGGAGAGUGAGAAAAAUACGAUAAGGUUCAUAAAAAAAUCAAAACGCAACGGAUUCUGCUGGUGCUCAGUUACAGUGAAGCCACCAGGGCAAAUGGACGAACCCUCAUUCCGUGCCAGACGUUGUGCAACGAUAGCAUCAGCUUUUUGUGCAUCGUCCCAUAAUAAAACUGGUCCAGUGGCAAGUGAUUUGAAUAGUGAAAAGUGAACAUUUAAAAGUAACCGACACUGUGUGCUCGUUUGAACGAUUAGCGUGAGGAGAAGGGGCAGCCCGUGUCGCGCCAGUUAGGUGACGAGUUGGGUUAAUCAAGUGAUCCAUCACGAUCCACCCGCGCUUCGUUUCCAUUAGGUACUCUAUUUCGCAGCGAACAGAGCACAGGUUCCACAGAUGGCCGCCAGCCCGGUCGUGGUGCAGCUUGCCGUGGCGUUCGUGGUGCUGCAGGCCGCCCUCGGCACCAAUCGGCAGAUCGUGACCGGAAAUCCUGCCGCCGGAUCGUUCCUGAGCGUGCCGACCACGGUCAAGCGGUACGAAAACGAUACCGUGCUGCUGCCGUGCUAUCAUAACGCUCCCUAUCGGUAUGUGCGCUGGUCGCGCGAUGAUCUGCUGCUGGUCGACUCACGCUAUCCGGACCUGCGGACACCGCCACGGAUGCGCCUCUGGCCGAACGGUAGCCUCGAGGUGACGGAGGUGCAGACGGACGAUACGGGCGACUACACGUGCGAGAUCAUGACCGACGGGGGCAAGGCGUCGCAGCAUCACGCCAUCGAGGUGCAGUUUCAAGCGACGGCAGCGAUCUACCCGGAGGAUCCAAUCGACAUUCGGGUGGGACAAAUUCUGGAGGCCGUAUGUCAGGUGACCGGUAUGCCACAGCCGUACGUCAAGUGGACGAUGCAGAACGAAAACGCUACGGCACCGUUUGAGAAUGAGCGCAAGCUGAACGUCCUGAUCGAGGAUCGCACCUUCUCCGGACCGCUCCAGUGUACGGCCACGAACGGUGUCGGCGAACCGGCCAGUGCCGCAGUCGAGGUGAUCGUAAACUUUGUGCCGGAGAUUGAGGUGAAAAGCCCGACGGUCCAUACGCGCAUCGGCGAAACGGGACUGCUGGAGUGUUUGGUGACGGCACACCCGGCUGCAUCGAUCCACUGGUUCCACCACGGGCUGCCGGUCGUGUACGACCGGCGCAUCGUCAAGCUGGACACGCUCGUUACCAAGCAUCAGUACUACACGGUGCAGCGGCACCAGCUGGCGAUCCGGAGUCUGCGCGACGCCGACCUCGGCCAGUACGAGUGUAAGGCGGGCAAUCGGGUCGGCAUUGCCGGGGCGCAGCUCGAGCUGACCGGGCGGCCGAUGGUGGCCAGCUUCAAGCCGGCGGCCGAGAUGUCCUCCCCGACCCGGCACAACUUCAUCUGGCAGACGGAGAGCCACUCGCCGCUGAUCGAGUACAAGCUCAAGUUUCGGCGCGUACCGUCGGGCAACGUUACGCCGGGAAGGCGCACCCUGCCCCAGCAGUUCGCCUGGAAGGAGCUCAUCAUCCCGUCGGACGGGUCGUACGGACCGCUGCACUCCAGUGGCUACACGCUCGAGGGUCUGCAGCCGACCAGCGUGUACGAGGUGAUCGUGCUUUCUCGGAACCGGUACGGGUGGAGCGAUCCGAGCAAUAUACUGCGCUUUGCGACGGGCGGUGAGGUGGAGAUUGAGCCGGGCAGUGAGGCCGAUACGUCGUCGUCCUCUUCGGUGCAGACGACGGAAACGCUCGAGUACAGCGAGCCUGGGGACGGUGAUGGUGGACUCAUUAUGGACAAUAUGAUUCCCACCGAUGGCUUUGAUUAUAGUAUGGGGUGGGGUAACGGUCACAGUGUGGGUGGGGCGAUAGGGAUGUCACCGGUGGCCGUAUCUUGUUUGGGAUUGUCCGUAGCGUUUGCCAUCGUGGAGUUUUUUGUAGGAAUAAAGCACUUAGGAGAUCUGUAACCAAA